AUGAUACCUGGUGAGCUCCCAAAUGUUGAGUCGAUUUUAUUAGACUGGAUCCUUAUUUUUGAUAUGUGCGCACCUGCAACUUGGCCUACUUGGUGCUUGCUUAUUAAUCAACAUCCAAGUUUCUUAGUGGUUCUUCUUUCCUUAAAGUUCUCUCAUCUGAACUGCAUUUCCUCAAACAAUCGCCCAAUCAACAGUAUUGUUAAUGGUGUAUCACGACGAAAUCAGAUCCAGAAUCCGAAUCACGAGAGUAGAAAAAGAAAAAUGCCUCCGAAAACCAGGGGAAGACCAAAGGGAAAAGGAAAGGCGACAAGUCAGAAUGCGGUCCCAGAUGUAUAUCGAGAUAUGUUGGUAGAAGCCAUACCAGCCCAAUUAGAAGUCCCUGAAAGACCUUUGAAAAAACGAAGAAUUGGAUUACGAGGUGCCGCAGCUCCGGCAUCAGAAUCAGGACCAUCGAAAGCUUCUGUGGCGGGGUCACAUGACAUAGCGGAAGAUGAAGAAGAUGAAGAAGUGGAAUUUGAGGAUGUUAUCACGGCAUCAAAGAGUCUCAAUGGUGAAGAUGAAGAUGAUGAUACUAGCAUACCUCAACAAACUGCGUAUAGAGAUUCAGAUGAAGAGACCGACGAAAGCGAUGUUGAUGAUGAAAUUGAUUGGGAAAACAUUAAUUUCAACGCGAAAGAUGAUGAACCAUCAGGAGAUUUAGAAUUAACUCUCACUAGACCAGCACCUCAACUUCAAUCCACUACUCCUAGGCGUAAAGCUCUCACUCAAGGGGAUAAAGCCUACCGGUUGGAGAUUCAUAAAUUACAUCUUUUAUGUUUGUUAUCACAUAUCCAGAUGAGAAAUGAAUGGUGUAAUGAUCCCGUAGUUCAGGAUUCUCUAAGACCACUUUUGAAUAGGAAGGUACUGUCAUUCCUGAGACCGAGGAAAGAUUUAUCGCAAUUUAGUCAAGCAGACUCGUUGAAGAGGGGUUUGGAAAUGGUAGCUGUACUAUGGAGAACUAAGUUCCAAAUUACGAAGAGGGGAAUGAGAAGAGCUUUGUGGGCGGAUGAUGAAGAAAAUAUUAAAGAUUAUAAAUUACCUGAUGAUGCCGAUUCUUCGUAUGAAAAGGCAGAUUUUAGGAAAGCGGCAACCGAGCUGAAAGGCUCCAGAGAUGUAGGAGCACAGCUAUUUUGUGCAUUAUUACGAAGCGCAGAUGUUGAAACCCGCCUGAUCUGUUCACUACAACCCCUAUCUUUCACCACUGGUGGUCCAUCCAUGCCUAAACCACCUAAACCUAAAACAAAACCGAUCAUCCAGCCGCCACCCAUUCCAUCACCGGUUCCCAGCACCUCAACUCUCCUUUCUAAUCCACGCAGCCGCCUCGGACAUCCAGGGGCUUCCUCUUACCAUCUACCCCAAAUACCAUCUGCACCCUUACCCCCACCAACCCCAAAAGCAAAACCCAUCCGUGAAUCCCCUUUCCCAAUUUUCUGGCUCGAAGUCCUCGACUCUGCCCACCAAAAAUGGAUUCCCAUCGACCCCCUCGUCACAGAAACCAUCUCCAAACCCCGCUCUUUUGAGCCACCCCUAACAGACAAAGAAAAUGCUCUCUCCUACGUUCUUGCAUUCUACGCCGACUCCUCUGCUCGUGACGUAACCCGUCGUUACGCCAAAGCUCCCAAUUCUAAAACCCGCAAGCAACGCGUUGAAUCUGUUCCUGGUGGACAAAAAUGGUGGGGCAAAGUCCUUUCUCAUUAUUCACGCGGUUGGAAGACAGAUGUGGAACAGAUUGAGGAUGGGGAAUUGACGGCGCUAGAAGGACGAGAACCAAUGCCAAAAAAUGUGCAGGAUUUUAAGGAUCAUCCGGUUUAUGCACUUGAGCGUCAUUUACGUAAGAACGAAGUUAUUGUUGCGGAAAGGGAGAGUGGAAAAGUCGCCACUGGGAAUGCAGGUGCUAGUGGUGGAAGCAAGAAAUUGGAGAACGUAUAUCGAAGGAAAGACGUCCAUAUUUGUAAGAGCGCAGAUGCAUGGUAUCGACUCGGACGAGAAAUCAAAAUGGGCGAACAACCCGCCAAGAUCGUACCCUCCAGAAACACAAGAAGAAAUAACGAUUACGCGGACGAAGAGGAGAACCAAGAAAGACCGGGCACAAAUCUCUAUACCCAAUCCCAAACAGAGCUUUUCAUCCCACCUCCAAUAGUAAAUGGUCGCGUCCCCAAAAACUCCUUCGGGAAUAUAGAUAUAUAUGUACCCUCCAUGAUCCCCGAAGGUGGUAUUCAUAUCCUAGCACCAGAAUCAGUGUACGCGGCGAAAUUACUGGGGAUAGAUUUUGCGGCUGCGUUGACGGGAUUUGAAUUUAAGGGAAGACAUGGAACUGCGGUUUUGAGGGGGAUUGUGGUAGCGGGAGAGUAUAAGGAGGCGAUUGAGGUUGUGGUGGAGGAGAUAAGGGAGGAGAGGGGGAGAGAGAUGGAGGAGGAGAAGAGGGAGAGGAUACUGAGGGCUUGGAGGAGGUGGUUGUUGGCUUUGAGGGUUAAGGAGAGGGUGGAUGGGUAUUUUGUUGAUGAUGGGGAUGAGGGGGAUGGGGAGGAUGAGGAGGAAGGGGGAGUUGAAUCAGAGGAAGGUGGGUUUGUGAGAGAGGAUAGGGAGGAGGGAGAGGGAGAGGGUGGAUUCGUGAAAGAAGACAAGGAUGCAGAUGAGGGGGAAGAAGGUGGAUUUGUGAAAGAAGAUGAAAAUAUGGAGAGUGAUGUGAGCAGUGAGUUGAGCGAUACAUUUACAGAUGAUGAGUAUGAUGAUGAAAUGGGUGGGGGAUUUAUUCCAGAAUAG